CUUUACAACGAUCAGUCGUCAUUUAGAUCUUCAAUUCGUAGGUUCGGAAUCUCUCUGUCUCUGUAUUAAAAAUGUCUUUGGAUAAUUUUUUUAUUGAAAAAGCUAAGAAUGAAUUGCGUGAAACUGAAACGAGAAAGGCUCAAUCACUUGAGCAAUUUAGAGAUUGGAUAUCAAAGCAUGCCUUCUUAAAGGAUGUUCGUCAAGACGAUAUUCAUCUCCUCCAGUUCCUCCGAGCCAGAAAGUACAAUAUGAACGACGCAAUGCAGACAUUUGAACGCUUUUAUGUAGCACGUAAAAAAUAUCCACAAUUCUUUCCUGACAAAAAACCAAACUUUGAACGAGUUAUGGAGUUCUUUAAGAGUGGUUACUGCUAUCCACUUCCUGGACGUGAUUCUGAGGGAUGUCGUAUCGUAUUAGUGCAAAUUAAUCGACUUGAUACUGAAAAAUUUACCAUUUUUGAUGGCAUUAGACUCACAAUCUUCAUCUUGGCAUUAAUUAUGGAGGAAGAAGAAACUCAAAUUGCUGGAGUUAAAAUAAUUUAUGAUCAACAAGACAUUACAUCAAAGCAUUUGUUGAUGCCGAAAGAUGCAAUGGAAUUCGUUGAUAUGGUUAAGACAAUCACAUGUGCUAGACAGAAAGGUUCCUACAUGAUUAAUCUUCCAUCAUUUGCACACUUCUUAUUGGAAUUAACUCGAGGUGCUCUUACCGAGAAAUUGAAGAACCGCUUCUUCCUAUAUCACACAUGGGACGACUUUAAGGAAAGUAACAAUUGUGUCCUUGACAUGCUGCCUAAAGAACAUGGUGGUCUUAAGUCAGAAGAAGAAAUUAUUAAAGAAUUUGAAGAAAUUGUCAUCGCCAAAUGGCCACUAAUUUUAGAUACAGCAGAAAAGGCUGAAUUAGAUUGGUCAAAAGUUCCAGUCGAAAAAAUCAAAUCGAAUACAAAUGAGGAAGUGAUUGGGAGCUUCAGAAAACUUGAAAUUGACUGAGCACCUGACUUUUGAUUUAUUUACACACUUUUUGUUCUUUUAUUUAAACAUUCAUUUAUUUUAUCAUAAUUGUUAAUGACAUUAAGCAAUUCACACGCUGAGAUGAAGUUUCCUCUCUCUAAAAUUGUAAAGAAGCUAUAUAUAGAAGCUACUUUACAAGAUUAUUUGAUUUUUGCUAAGAGAUUUUUUCUUUCCAAUGUCAUUAAUAGAAUUUUUGAAUCAAAAAGCAUCUCCUUUAUUUCCAUAAUUUAUAAAUAAAACGAAGUUCACUGAUUUACUUAAUUUAUGAUGUUUUCACUUAAGGUGUCGUGUCAGUUAAAUAUAAAUAGUUGCGGUUUUGUGUAUCAAGUCGUUAUAGUGUCGUUGUCUUAACCACAU